UGCAGUGAAAGUGUGACCGGUGCAAAUACGUUUUUACCGGAAACGAUAAUGAAAGUCUAUUUAAUAUUGGGUCUGCUGGUAACAGCGACGUGUGCCGAGAAGAAAAUUAAUUUAGAUGAUAUAGAAAGAGAUACUUUGAAGGCGGAGGGUAAGACUAAGGCCGAGAGCAUCCAGACUGAUGAAACGAAAUAUAUCGCCAAGCCCAAUCAGCAGCAGUAUCAAAUACCAAGCCAAUAUAAUACUUUGGGUCAACCCGAACUGUACGUCCCACCUCAGCGACUUGAAGACAUAAAAUAUAGUCAGGUGCCUGAAGAAUACAUUCAAGCCAAUCAAUAUGCUGUACAAGAAGCACAAUAUAAACAGCCGAGCCAAAUUCUGUCACAGCAAAAUAUUCCACCAAUCCAAUAUUACGACGGAUAUCAACAGCAAGUGGAAAUAGCUAAAGGCAUUAAUCCUAUUGUCUUUGAAUCGCAAAAAUUAAAUUACCAACCGGAAAUAGUGGUAGGCAAUCACAUUCAAAGUGUUCAACAAAAAGCAGUCACAGAAAAAUACACGAAAGCUAUUAAUAAAGAGCCUGCUUACAUUGACGUUCCGGUGGCACAAUUGCUUCCCUAUUAUCCUCAUUUGGAUGUUAAUCCCUUAGUGAAUCUAAAAGGUGCUGGACUGGCGCAACCUCCGUUACAGUUUGCUAACCACGCGGCCCAACAAAUUUCCAUACCCGUAUAUGCCCCUGUAUAUAAUCAGAAACAAUUGAUCUCUUCCGUAAAACAACCUUAUUCUACUGUCGAGCCAGUAACAUUCACGACCAAGGCGCCGAAAGAAUCGACAUAUGCAAAUCCAAGUCCACACAAGAAAAAGAUCAACUCGGCCCCACUAUUGACGACACCCCUGUACGUCCAACCCCAGCAAUCCCUAGCUCAAGAAAAGCACCUAUUACAUACGCAAGCUUACAUCACGCCUUCGCAACCGCAGUAUGUGCACCAAUUAGUGUACAUGCAGCCCGGCAUAAUUUACAGCGAUCCCACUGCCUCUUAUAGCGAUCUUUACGCUCGUCUACCAGCCUACAUUCAGGAUAACUAUCUUCGUGCAAAUCAGCAACAGCUGUAUAUCGCAUCGACAAUCGGCCACGAAGUGCCAAAGGAAGUCUUGCAGGAGCAGAUUAGCCAGGACCUCCCGCAAAAUUUUAUCAAGGGGCCUGAUGAGCCCAAAACUCAUUUCGUACCGCCGCAAUUUCCUCCACAUGACUUCAAAGCCGGUAGCACACAAUUGGAGCCUAUUCGAAACUCCUUCGAAGACGAGCAGACUUUGCCGGCGCAAGAUCACUCUUUGCCCUCGGAGCCGAGGUCGCUACUUGACACUUACAUUCCAAGCAAAGUCAUUGCUGCACAGGAUACCGCCAGGUACAAAGAAAGGCCGAUAAAGCUGGAAGGGGGUUUUCUCCCGUCGAAAGUAAACUUUGCGCUUAAGAAGCGCAAGUCUGAAUGAUGAUAAUUGCCAUAAGUGGCAUGACGAUUGACGAAUGUCAUACGUACGCAAGGGUCAGUACAGUUUUUAAAACUCGAUUAUUAGCGAUCAUACGACGACCGAGGCAUAUGUGGAUAUCGAAAAGAAAAUGUGACAGAGGUCGGCAUCAUCGCAUCUAGUCUUUCAUUGAAGAUCACACAAAACCUUUUUAUACUGUUCUCUUUUACGUUUGUAAAGAUAUGUCCAGUAAAUGGCAAAUACUUUGUUUACAAUUUUCAAUAAAAUCUAAAAUAGA